AUGACUCAAAAGCAAUGUUCUGAAAACCGGACCGGACCGGCCGGUUCGACCGGUUCAACCGUGAACCGGAGACAUAAACGAAGUGCAGAACACGCUUGGCCUCAACCAGGGAAAAAUCCUAGCCGCCACCACCGCCGCAGGGAGGAGCCGUGUUUGCCGCCGUCCAUCGCAGUCAGGGGCUUGUCUCCUCGAGUCUUCGUGCGUCACAGUCAAGGGAGUUCUCCAAGUCUUCGAUCUGUUCGCAGUAACCAGUCGCAGGUGCACUGCUUCUUCCUUGAGCUCGGCCGCCGUCGUGUUGUCGCCGUUGUUUGUCGCUGUUGUUUGUCGCCAUCUGUAGCAGUCAGGGGUUUGUCACCAAGGAGUCUCUCUUCGUCUGUUGGCAUUAUCCAAGUCAAACCCCCUGUUCGCUGUCUUUUUCCUCGCUCGGCGCCCAUCCUCCAUCGGAUUCGUCCUGCUUGCCGUCGUCUUGUCGCCGUCGCCCUCUCGAAGGUUGAACUUCCGAGGUUGGUGGAAAUGGAAGCUCUAACAUUUUUGUCAAGCUGAAUAUGCAAUCUUCUGCACCAAAUUGUGGGAGACAUUAAUGGGCAAGUGGGGCUGCACCAAUUAGAUUCAAUACAUCUAAUGUGAUCAAGUGGAAGGAAGCAAAACUGCAAAACAAAACCAGGGGUUGCAAAAUACAAAAAUAAAUUGAAGGUAGCUGGUAUACAUUUAGUUUGAUCAAUGCUGAUUUACUGAUUUACUGAUUACUGAUUUACUGAUUUGAGGUUAGUGAAAAGUUGAGUCUGUGUUACUCUUUUAGGGAUUUGAGGUUGAAUUUGUGAUUUGUGAUUUCUUGGGUCUUUUGUAAUGCUGCUGAUUUGAGUUUGAAAUUUGUGAUUAUUGAUUGUGGCUUGUUAAGCUGCUGUUGUUAACUUGUUAUGCACUUAUACUGCUGUUUUGUUAUGAAAUUAUGGCACUGAGUGUUUUGAAUUUUGAAUUUGUGAUUUGUGAUUUAUGAUUUUGUUAUGCUGCUGUUUUGAAUUAAUUUAGGGGUGAUUAUUUGUUAUGCUACUGUUUUGAAUUAAUUUAGGAGUGAUUAAUGAUUAUUUCUAGUUGUAUUGUUGCUGUUUGCACCAUUGCUCUUUUCACUAUUUAACUUUGUAUUUUGAUAAGAUCAUAUGGAUUUGGUUGAUAUUUCAUAUAAUGUUUUAAAUUUGGAAGAUAUUUAAGAUUUAUAUUAGACUAUAAUUAUAUU